UGAAGCGAACAAUGUAAGUAUUGCCUAAACAUCCUCUUAAAAAAACAUGUUAAAUGUAUUACUAUGCUAUAAAAAUAUUUUUAAUGUUGGGUAAAGAAGAUUAGCAAAUUAGAAAUAGAUUAAUACAUUAAUUAUUAGUUAUUACUAUUAGUUAUCUAACAAGACAGUUAAUUAUACUUACUUUUCAAAAGUGAGCUAUAGCUACUUCAUGUUUCUUGCUGAUUAGAGCCCCUAUGGAGUGGACAGAGAAGCAUGAUGUACUUCUCUGUAGAGAAAUACUACUCACAGAACCAUACAGGUACAAGAAGGGCAGUGUUGACAAGGGCAAGACCUGGUCUACAAUAGCAGACACACUGAAUUGCUCUCAAGAUCUUAAAUUUAAAGUUACGCAGAGAUCAGUGAGGGAGAGAUUCACCUUGAUACAGGUGAAAUACAAGGCCAGAAAUAACAAAGAUGAGAAGAGCAGUGGCACAUCAGCAAAAACAACAGAGCUUGAUGAUCUCAUAGAAGAAAUAACAGAAAAAGAAAGAGCAGCUGAGGAAAACAAAUGGAGUGAUGAGAAUAUGAGGAAGUUAGAGACAGACAGGGCCAAAGCAGAAGAGGCGAGGAAGAGGGCCAUGGAGAGGGUUAGCCAGACCAACAGGAGGCUUAGUGAAGAGGGAGAGGACUGGAGAAACAACAAAUGUAGGAGAAGGAGUGGGAAUGACACUAUUGAGUUUUUGAGGGAGAGAAGCCAGACUGAGAGGGUUCUAAGGGAAAAGGAAUUGGAAUUAAAAAAAAUACAAGUUGAAGAGCAAGCAAAAGCAGCACAACAGGCACAAAGGCAGAUGAGUGAAAUGAUGCAACUAAUGCAACAACAGCAAAUGCAGGCAAUGCAGACUAUGCUACUUCAGCAACAGCAAGGGCAAGCAUUACUUAGUCUCAUUGAAAGUAUGUCAAAGAAAUAGUGAUUCUUUUAUUCUUUUGCAAUUUGAAAAAACAUUUAUUUCUUUGUGAUUUCAUUCAUAAAACAUUUUAACGUAUAAAUGCUUGUUAAUA